CAUGUCCACAACAGGUGUUGACGCAAUUGCAUCAAAUGGAGCACAGCAUGGUGAUCUAGAUUUUGACAUGGAAGCAGCAACACAAAAUCAUGUACGUGGAAUUACGGCGGCAUUUUAAAUUCACAAUGGUUUCGUGUUACAAAACAAACCAUUCUCUUCGCUUUCUUGAUUAACCGUAACUGCGUUAUAGAAAAUCUGUAAAUCAAACGUGAGUAUUCCAAUGCCAAGAUAUGCACGCUGACUGACAACAACGAGGAUCGUGGGAUUGAACUGGAAAUCCAACAGACAACGAAAAGCCGAAGUGAAUUCACUUUCACGUACAAUGUCAUACUUUUCUACGCCCUCUUCUCGCGUUGUCUGUUUGGCCAACGUUUGGUCCCUUAGUACAGCGUUUGAGCAAUAACCCUGUAGUACAGUAUAUAAAGAAAUGAUUAAAGAAGGAAAAGCAUCAGUUGUUCAACUGUCUCAGCUCUCCCUCUAACUCUCAACAUGAAGAUCGCAAUGAUUGCCGUUCUCCUCGCCGUUGCUGGCGCCCAAGCCUAUCAACAACCAAAUUACAAAUCAUCCGAAUACAGCUCUCCUAUGCCUUACAGCUUCGCUUGGGAUGUAAACGAUGAUGCUUCCGACAACCACUACGCUCAUUCUGAAAGUAGUAAUGGCCAUGCAGUCACCGGUUCUUACCGUGUCGCUCUCCCUGACGGCCGAACCCAGAUCGUUACUUAUAGAGCAGAUAGCAAUGGCUACGUUGCUGAUGUAAAGUACGAAGGCCAGGCUAGAUAUCCUGAAUACAAGCCUGUGUCUUCUUAUUCUGCUCCAGUCUACCAAACUCCUGCUCCGAUCUACAGAGCCCCUACCUCUCCGGCCUAUAGAGCUCCAGUCGCCCCGGCCUACCGAGCACCGGCAGCCACCUCCGCCCGUAGAGGUUCGACUGUUGCACCAGGUUACGUAUCUCUCCCUGUACCGUUAGCAUAUAGAGGUUAAUUAAUAGGCCGUGCAAGAGCAAUACGGCUUGUACUCUAGACUUCUACUGAACACUUGAGUAGAGUUUGUUGAGUACAGUUCUUGUCGUAUGCUUACAUAGCUAAAUUACGUUAGUAAAAUAUUACGUUACGGAGACGCAUACCGUUGUAGUGCCGCAUCUAUUUAUUAUGGUAAAUAUAUUUAUGGUUGUAAUACAAAAUAAAAUAGUAAAGC